AAUUAGUUAAUACAUAAAAAGGAAAAAUGCAGGUACAGAGCAGCUCGGGUUCCAUGCUCACUUCUCUUCUGGAGUCGAUUCGAAAUCAUCUCCUCGCCGAUGAUUUUGAAGAUCCUUGUACUGCUACCGCUUCACUUCUUUCUUAUACAAGUGAAUGGUUUUCUUCGCUUCAGCUUAACUCCGUUAAUGAGUUAUCCAUGGUGGUUGAACAAGAAUCUCCGAGUAUAGAUGUAGGUAGUAAAGCGGCAGUGCCAGUGCCAGUGGCUCGUCCGAAUCACACGCCUCCACUCAGGAGGAGGAAUUAUAUUGGUGUAAGGAGAAGGCCAUGGGGAACUUACGCAGCGGAGAUUAGAGAUCCCAAGAAGAAUGGUGCCAGAGUAUGGCUAGGGACUUAUGAGACUCCUGAGGAUGCGGCUGUGGCUUAUGACCGCGCCGCUUUUGAGAUGCGCGGCUCAAAAGCUAAGCUGAAUUUUCCUCACUUGAUCGGGUCAGACAAUGUGGAGCCGGCCAGAUUGAGCCACAAGCGCCGUGUCCCUGAGUCAUCAUCUUUAGCGGUGAAGAGCAGUGGCUCUCCAAAGCGGAGAAAGGGUAAUAAAAAUCCAGUAGAGGAGCUCCAAUACGGUGUCGAACCACUGUUUCUUGGCGAUCAAUCCAUGGUCAAUUCAAUUGUAUGUGAUGCCAGCAUCAGCAAUACGUUUACCCUAGUUUGUAAUUAAUUACUGGUCAAACAUGUGCUUUUUACUUGUAGUACCAAACAAUUUUAUUUUACUUCAAACAUUUUUUACGUGG